GGGCACUUUUCAUUCACCAAUUCGAAGAUCAUGAGAUCGACACGGACUUGGGUCUUCGUGGCCGCGCUGGUCUCACUUACCGUAAUCGCUGAGGCCCGUCCAGGGUACGGUGAUCUGCCUUCAAACUGCGGUAGUCCCAUAUCUGUUGUUCCUUCUGCGCCACAAAUCGUCACAUACGGAGACCCCUGUUUCUGCAAGGAGUCGCUUCCGUACUCUAUACAGGUCCCGCAAGUGCCAUCGGACCCCGUGGAAAAAUUGAGGACUUACGGAUACUCAAUAACAGAACAACCUAGACAGAGCUGCACUCGCCUUCGUGUUCCUGUUAAAAUUCAAACACCGAUUAUCCAAAAGCCUUGCGAUAAUCUAUGUGGCAGCACCUACGGUGUUACGGUUCAACAUCAACCUCGAAGUAAUCCAAAACCAUUGUACACAUUUGAUGCUGCUGUCAAAACAGCAGUGACUGUCGAGAAACCAGCGUGCAAGCCGUGUCUGUCGGUAUCGUUCCAAAAUCCCGUUGAACAGAAUCCGUGGCUACUUGGUAAACUUCCAAUUGCUGUUGAAACCCCAGCACAGGGACCUCCUGUAAAAAUGCUCACAGGUUUAACCGCCACAGUGGAUAGAGUGUUGGUUCCCGCUUGUGAAUGCGGUGGCUGUCCCGACUGCAAUGAUGUACGUUUCAGAAAUGGCCUUCAGUGAAAGUUUCACCUUUCCAAUAAGAAUGUAUUUACGAUAUCACAAUUUUUAUCUUAGAACGCAUCGUUCCGUUUGGGAAUCAUGGCGUGAUUGAGCCUGCGGGUAACAUAUUUGAGCCUAAUGAAUGAAAAAACUAGUGAUUUCGCAAAUGACUGUACAGGUACAUAAAUAAAUAAAUUUCUAUUCAAGUA